AUGAAGCCGAUUUCUGAUCUGCUGUCUGGUUGGGACCCCGCCGUGGGGUACUCGGCCCUCUUGGCCUGUGUAUUGGUGGCGGUGGUGGGAUGGCUGCUCCGUCUGGCUGAAAAGAGAUUCUGGAAACAGACAUGUUCCAAUCGUCCACACUACGACCCGCAGCCCGGCUGGGAGGCGCGGCUAGGCAAGCAGAGUAUGGAAGAGAUUCUGACCAAUCUGAAGCUAUUGGACCCAGAUGAACUGAGGGAGGAGAUACUGAAAACUGGAUUGAAAUGUGGGCCUAUUACUUCAACCACUCGAUCAACGUUUGAGAGGAAACUAGCUCGAACGUUAUUGGAACAACAAGGUGUUAAUUUGGAGACUGUAAAUUCAAAUGAGGGAGUGCAUACAGCUGACUAUACCCAAAAUACAUACAGUUUCCAUGUGAACCGUUGCUCUGAAGACCGGGAAUUUGGGUAUAAUGUUGGCCUGAACCCGCCUGUUGAAGAAGCUACAUCAGUAAAUCACUCUGCUGCUCCUGUGAACCUGUCGGAUGAAGCGUGUGUCACCAACCAAAUAUAUUCUAAUGAUCCCCCUGUUUAUUAUGCAGUUUGUCCAUUGUAUGAAGACAGUCUGAUGAAAAAUGAAUAUGUCCACAUUUAUACGAACAAGAAGGAAGCACUUCAGGUUGUGAAAAUGCUGAAGGGGUCACGUUUUAAGGCCUUCCAUUCCAGAGAUGAUGCUGAAAAAAUUUGCUAGAGGAAUAUGUGAUUACUAUUCUUCUCCCAGCAAAUCUUCACUGAGUGUGUCCCCUGUAAAGAUUUCUUCUCCUCUCCUUAGAGAUGCAGCUUCUGCUCCAGAAACAGACUGUCUCAGCAAGGAGAAGGCAAACAGCUUCAAGAGUCCAAGGACUCAAGAUUUGACAGCAAAAUUAAGGAAAGCUGUGGAAAAAGGAGAUUCAGAUGCUUUUGCAGAACUCAUUUGGAGCAAUCCUCGUUAUCUUAUAGGGUCAGGAGACAACCCAACUGUGGUACAGGAAGGGUGCAGAUACAAUGUCAUGCAUGUUGCUGCCAAAGAGAACCAGGCUGGGAUCAGCCAGAUGUUGCUAGAUACUUUGGAGAACCCAGAAUUCAUGAGGCUUAUGUAUCCCGAUGAUGACUAUAGUAUGCUUCAGAAACGUAUUCGGUAUAUCGUUGACCUUUAUCUAAACACACCAGAUAAAAUGGCUUUUGACACUCCUUUGCAUUUUGCUUGCAAAUUUGGAAAUGCAGAAGUAGUCAAUGUGCUGUGUUCACACCCUGAUAUUAUAAAAAUUCCCACAAAUAAGUAUGAUCAGACUCCAGAGGAGGUAAUAUGUGAACGAAGCAAAAAUAAAUCUACAGAGCUGAAAGUAAAGAUUAGAGAAUUUCUAAAAGGGCACUUUUAUGUCCCUCUACUUCGUGCAGAGGAUAACUCUUCUUUCCCAAUAAUUGGAGUUUCCCUGGUCAACUGAACAGCCAGAUGUUCUCGCUCAGCCCAAAUACUUUGUCAGCCCCAAAGAUCCCUCACUAACAGUUAGAGCAUUUGCUGGACCCAUGAGCCCCUCAAAGGCUGAGGACUUUAGAAGAGUUUGGAAGACUCCACCACGGGAAAGGGCUGGAUUGUUUCACAAUAUCAGAAAAACUGAUCCAGAAAGAGGCGAGGAAAGAGUGGGGAGGGAACUUGCCCAUGAGCUGGAUGUCCCUUGGGUGGAGUAUUGGGAGUUUCUAGGCUGUUUUGUUGAUAUCUCUUCCCAGGAUGGUUUGGGGAAACUGGAGGAAUACCUGAGCAAGAAGGAGGCAAGUGAGAGAUUGCAAACUGACCAUGAUCAUGAAAUCUGCAACAGAUUUAAAACUCCAUCUCCAGCAGGAAAGAGUAAAAAGUGCUGCAAUUCUGUUUCUGUGGGAGCAUUCUUGGAUGACGAGGAAGACAUCAGUCUUGAAGAAAUAAAAAACAGACAGAAUACAGCACUGAAGAACAGCUUAUAUUUGGAGACAAUUGCAGCGCCAGAAUGCAUAAUGGACACUACACCAAUACCCAGUAGUCCUCAUAAAGAAGAAUCCAAGCAUAGUGACUGCAGGCAUCAGCAGGAGUUUGAAAAUAGGAUGUUAUCUCCAGUGUCCAACCUCUUGGCUGAGUUUGAAAAAAUGUCAUUGUCAGAACUGCAAGCAGAUGAGGUAUCCCAUACAGGUGUGGCUGUAGAGAAGCAAGGUAAAAUGACUGUUCAUGAUGCAGACAUUGAAUCUGAAAGCUCACUGAUUAGGACAGAAAGUUCAGGUGUGUUGCGUGCUGGUGAAGCCCUUUCCAAUAUGAGCCUUUCAGGCAAACCAACACUGCGACACAACAGUGAGCUGCCACUCUCAAAUUACUGUUCAGAAUCUCCUGCUUCACAAGUAAUUAUGAAAACGCCAUUAAAACACCAAAGUUACAGAGCAACAUUUCUGGUUGGGAAGGAGCCUUCCAAACUAGACAGUGAUGUUUUAGCAGCUGUGGAAAAGGUGGAAAUUGAUGCUCAGACAUACCCCAGUGUUUCUAGGUGGAUUACAGAUGUUCUGUCUUACUCCAAUAUAGAACGACAAAGUUGGCCAAGCCCUGCUGUCUUAUCAGGAAGAAACAAGUCUCAAACCUGUAGCUCUAACUCCCCGGGUGGCCUUGGCUAUUCUACUCCUGGGCGGAGCAGCCCCAUUCCAGGGAGUCCUGGGAAAUAUGUGAACACAUCUGAUUAUAGCAGUCCAGGAAGGUACAGCCCAGCAUAUGCCAGCCACAUUCAACUGCUGCGAAUACGCCAGUUCUCUGAUCACUCAUCCCUUUAG